CCACGAGGGACACAACAGAUGGGUUACACACUGCUACCAUGAGGGACACAACAGAUCAACAGAUGGGUAACACACUGCUACCAUGAGGGACACAACAGAUCAACAGAUGGUUAACACACUGCUACCAUGAGGGACACAACAGAUCAACAAAUGGGUAACACACUGCUACCAUGGGGGACACAACAGAUCAACAGAUGGGUAACACACUGCUACCAUGACGGAUACAACAGAUCAACAGAUGGGUAACACACUGCUACCAUGAGGGACACAACAGAUCAACAGAUGGUUAACACACUGCUACCAUGAGGGACACAACAGAUGGGUUACACACUGCUACCAUGAGGGACACAACAGAUCAACAAAUGGGUAACACACUGCUACCAUGGGGGACACAACAGAUCAACAGAUGGGUAACACACUGCUACCAUGACGGAUACAACAGAUCAACAGAUGGGUAACACACUGCUACCAUGAGGGAAAUUGAACCCUGCCCUCCGGCAUGAUAAGCGCAUGAAUUCACCACUACCCUACAAAGAGCGGGCGGAAGGAAUUGAAGUAUCAAGAAAGACCGUCGUACAAGAUGAUACAGUUUAGGUAUCGAACACGAGAUUCCUAGCUAACACGACAACCGAUGGUCUACCCUUAUGUCACGCUAUCUACACGCGUGACACAGGCGGCUCCUCCAGGCUGACCACUGUGUCGUUGCCACAUCUUUCACGAGGCUGCAUCUGUGGUGAAGUGAUAUCAAAUACUGAAGCGAUCUGUGGGCCCCAGUAUCAAGUUAAGGCCUCCAUUUGUGUGUAGACUAUAACUCUAUUGUGGAGACACGGCAAACCCAAGUGACAUACCUAUACGAUUACGUACAGACAACGUGACCCGACUCUCGCUCCCUGUUCUCCCUUCCGUCAGCCCCUAGCAUGGAGAAAAGGUUCCAGCUGAGCGAGCGCUUUCGUCACGGUGAAUGCUUUCGUUUUGUUCUCACAAUAGCGAGGACGAGGAGACUCUGCCUUUACAAUGUUAGCUAGGUAUUUUUUAGUAAAACAAUCUUGUAUAUAAGUUUCCGCUGGAAGGCUGAGUGACAUACUAUGCGGACCUAUCCUUUCUAUCAUGGAGUAUUCCUUGAUCAAACCAAACGUACAUCCAGAUAGAUAUCCCUGUGAAGAGAUGAUUGUGAGAAGUACAAGUGAAGCCAACAGUCUGUGUCUACCUUACCCAAUGCUAUGAUUCUUCCCCACUGAUUAUUUGUAAAGAACACAUCAUUAGUCUCAGCCAGGAUCACCGACAACUCCCGCAAUGAAGUCCUAUCCAGGCAUAACUAGCCCCACCACCUCGGUCCCUAGAACAGAUGCGCGUCCCCAGUCCGUGGAGUUAAAGAACACAUCAGUGGCGUAUUUACUGGCCAUCUUCCUGGGGUUACUGGGUGCCCAUCACUUUUACCUGGGAAGGCCAACAUUUGGAAGACUGUAUCUGUGUACUGGGGGACUGUUUGGAGUUGGGUAUGUGGUGGAUCUGAUUCGCGUUCCGUGGCUGGUAGAAAACGCCAAUCUUGAAGUUCGGCAUCCAGAGCGACGAGGGACGAAGUACCUGGGAGAUGCCUAUCUGCUGUGGUUUCCACCCUUUGGCUUACUAGGUUUUCAUCAUUUCUACCUUGGGCAUUACUACACUGGCUUUUGUUACAUGCUGACAAUGGGUGCUCUGGGCAUCUGUUGGUUGUUGGAUGCCAUAUUAUUGCCAGUUUUAUGGAUAAACUGGGUCAACGAGCUCAACGGUCAUUGUCCUGAAAAGGAACGAAGAGGCAAGCACUUAACUGAAGACCAUACAGAAGCUGGCCUGUCAUCACUGACGUCAUCUGUGGUGAUGACGUCACCACCACCACCGUACACAUCAUUGCUGGAGGCAUGUGCAGAUGCCAUCAACCCGCCGUCGUAUGAACAAGUGAUGCUGACGGAUGCUGCUGAGAAGAACGAGGGACUAUCUAUCCAAAUAGAUAAAUAGAACUCUUCAUGUUAUUCUUCCUGUCCUUAUGGAACCACAUACAUCUGCCAUCCCCUUAUGAGUCCCACGAAACUGCCCUGUGAUACUGUGUUGUUUUAACGUCCACUAUCCAGUGAUACGUUAACGUGCUUAGGAAAGAGUAGUGAAGUAGAAUGAUAGGUGUGAUGAUUAAACUCAGCUGGUCGUCACAUCAGCCGAACGUAAAGCUUCAUUCAUGGCGUCUGUCGAAUGCAGUCAUACGUGGAAUAUAUCGGUACACUCGAACGUUCCAGUUAAUCCAAGGCGGCAACAGUAUAUAAUCUCGAGUUCCGACGGGAACAUUGUUUUAAAUAAAAAAUAUAAUAUUUUA